AUGGUUGCGCCGCGCAAAGCAGCGUACGCGGAAGAGAGCGCGGAGGUGGAGGUCCUCCUCGCGAACAUGGAGAAACUCAAGGGCUUAACAAAAAAGAUACAAGGCUCGCUGAACCGCCUGGAAAUGAGCGGGAAGAGCGUCCAGGAUGCCAUAGGACCCAUAUACGGGAACACGCAACGACUCCAGACGACCAACUCUAAUGUCGACCGGAUCAUCGAGGCCAUCGACCGAAUACGAGAGCCGCUGGAUCAGAGGAACCGCGAAGAGCGUAUAAUCAGGGCAGGACCGAGGAAGGUCGGGAUGGCGGAGUUUAUUGCAUCCCUGGAUCGCACCACCGACGCCUUGCGAGGCCUAAGGCACUCGAAUCUGCGCUCCAACCAGCAAGCAAUAUCCGAACUCAACACGCUUCUCAAGAUGGGCACAAAACAACUGGAGGAUGUGUUUCGUGAGAUCCUGAGCGAGGGCGCACAUCCGGUCGAACCGCUCCACUACAUCACCAAGCAACUGCCGUUCCCUGGGCUGCCUCAAGAAAGCGCGUCGCAGCUCAAGCUUAUCAAUACACACGUUUCCGCUUCUGUUGCGCAGAUCUCACAAGCGGACUUCCGCGAGACGCCGACAGCAAGAACUUACGCUGAGAUACGCGGUGACUACAUUACUACGACUUUACGAAACCUAGCCGCAGCGUCAAUGUCGACCGCUAAGAAGACAACGGCUGACGCAAUAUACCGACGGGGCACUAACGGUGUCGGAACCUAUGCUCAAGGAAUGGAAGGCCUCUAUGUCACCGAGUAUGAGAACGUCCGCGCAGUGUUCACUCAGGACGAAUGGAGCCGCGUAUUUAAAGCCACCUGUCAAGGUUCCUUGAACGAAUUCUCGCGGACGCUGCGAGAGCUCAACACCUUCAUCCAGCACAACCUCAUGACAGACUGCUUCCUUGCAUACGAAAUCAUCGAAAUCGUCUCUACACUAUCACUGCGCCUAGAGGGUGGGAUCGGUGAACUCAAGCGUCCCAUCGCUGACUCGCUGAAGCCGAUCCGCGAGACCGCAAUGACAUCGCUCGUGAAGCUUCUAGAGGACACAAGAACCCGUGUUCAGUCACUGGUAGCCUUACCAAUGGAUGGCUCGCCGAUACCUGCGACAAAUGAGGUCAUGACACGAUUGCAGACAAUGACUUCGUAUCUUCCAUCUCUUUCGUCAAUCUUGACAUCGCUCGGUGACGGAGGUUGGUCGAUCACGUCUGCCUCAACAUCCUCGACCUCGAUUCCGACGAUAAAGUCCUUCGAGGUCGGCGCCGACGGCAGAAAACUCUUUGCGCACUACGCAUCAGAUACACUAAAUACUCUCCUGCAAAAUAUCGACGCAAAGUCUCGGAUGCUACACAAGACGAAGCCUCUUCAGGGCGUAUUCAUAGCCAACAACGUGGCUGUGAUCAACCGGAUGAUUCGCAACUCAGACCUACAGCCUCUGCUGGCAGGUUGGACCGGUAAAGUUGAUGAGUAUCAGAAGAAGAGCACCGACAUGUACAUGGACGCCUGGCAAGAAACGUCAAAAUAUCUACUGGACGUGCAGUACACCAACCGAGGUGCGCGUCCUCCCUCCGGCACGACAGGAAGUGUAGAUUCCGCUGCCUUGAUCAAGAGCCUGGGCUCAAAAGACAAGGACGCCAUCAAGGAGAAAUUCCGCAACUUCAACGCUAGCUUCGAGGACCUGGUUGCUAAGCAUAAGAGCUACAGGAUGGAGAAGGAAGUCAAGGCGCAACUCAUGCGCGAUGUGCAGGCAUUCAUGGAGCCGCUCUAUGGUCGCUUCUGGGAUAGGUAUCAUGAGAUUGAUAAGGGGAAGGGUAAGUACGUCAAAUAUACCAAAGACCAGUUCGUGGCAACACUUGCAGGUCUCGCAUGA